AUGGCUGUGUCCCCCAGGAUGGGCACGUUCGUGACCCUGGCGGAGGUGCUAGAGGCCCGGGGGUCACCUCUGGAGGAGGGUGAGGUAUGGUGUCUGCUACUGGGCACUGCCGAGGCCUUAAUGGACAUCUCCCACAAAGGUACCUGGCCAUAUUUAUAUCCCUUUCCUGAUCCAUGAUAAUACACACUGGCAGGAUCUUUUGACCUUAAAGGGAUUGUUCACGCCCCAUCAAAAGAUUUGCCAGACCUCAAAAGUGCUAUUAUGUUGAGCUGAGUUCAUAUCCCAUGACUUCUGUUUUUAUAUGCAUCUUUACACAUUGGAAGAAAUAGGCCUCAAAUCUGAGAUUAAUGGGAAGGAUAGGCAUCACCAUAUCAUAUCAUGCUCUACUUCUAACGUCUGACAAACUUUGUUUUUUGGAGUGUAUUAUCCCUAUAGCCAUACAAACAUGCAAGUUAAUAGUAUGGUUUUUGUCUUUUGUCCUCUCGUCAGGUCCUGGUAACAUGUGCAGUGUACUGAGCCCUGGCUCAAUGCUGCUGUCAGCCACUGGGAACCUUGCUUUUAAGAGCUGUGCCCGGUCAGAGGACCUGGGCUCCUUCACUGCUCCAGAGGUACAAGAGGGGCACGCUGCCUCCAACAGGACAGCCUCGGAGAAGGUGAUCAAUAAACCCUGAUCUCAAUGUCAUCGUAUCUCACUACUAGUCUGAUUUCAUAUCUGUCUGUGCUAUAUGGCCAACUCCUAUGGUCAUUGGCUUGACAUCUCACCACUGUUCUGGUUCUUGACUUUUGGUUUCCUCAUGAAAGAUUUUACUCAUUGUCCUGUGGAUCCGUCUCUGUCCGUACGUUUGUAUGUUCGUCACGCACAAUAUCUCAGACAGCACUAGCCCGAUUUUGACGAAACUUGGGUGAAUGAUGUGUCUUACCAUAGAGACGGCAUUUACAAAAUUACACUGAUUGGCCAGAUAACAAGCAAUAGAAAAUGCAAACUUUGAAAGGUCACGCCCCUCAACCCGUUUGACCUAAAGUCAUGAAAUUCGGUACAUAGGUUUCUAUACUCACAAGGAACAAAUUUGCCUCAGGGACAAGAGGUCCGCCGUGAUGGAUUUUCCGCCAUUUAUAAUUUUGUGAAAAACACUUAAAACGCUACUCCUCUGGCACCGAAUGACCAAUCUGCGGGGGGGGGGGGGGGACAUGCAUCAUUCGUGGAGGACGACAUGUUUACUGUACCCUUGUUUUUCUCUUUGUUUUUCUCUUUGUUUUCUUCAGAUGAUUGUAUAUUCCCUAGGAAUGACCCUCUUCUGGUCCGUUGAUUAUCAACUACCUCAAAACCAGCCCAUUCAGCUGAGUGACAACCUAAACAACCUCUUGCUGAGUAUGUGUGAGGACACGGUCCAGAGACGAGCAGAUCUCGUGACUGUGCUGGAGACCUGUGAACAGCACAUCAAGGCUGCUCAACUGCCCCCACCAGAGAUGCUCAUCAGACAGCUAGUAGAAGAUGUGUUCAGGGACUCUGUGAGUUCACCCACAUUCCCUUUGGUUUAGGCAAUGCACCUGUAGUCAGUAUAGCUAUCACUAUCACCUUACACUCCAUGUGCUGUCCAGCACACUGACAUUAUAAGGUCAUAGUUCCUAGAAAUACAUUGGCCUCUAUUCCAUAUUGUGACACUACGGACUGUUGGCUGGCUGGAACUCUAUAUUGGCUACAAUCUACAGCUGGGUUUCAAUUGGGAUCAUAUUGAUUUGAGACAUGGUUAUUUUUAAGGAUAGUCAGUGCAACUUUUCUAAUUCAGUAGCUGUCAUUCUAUUGUGUUUUCUAGGUUGAUCAUGUGUCCAUGGCUGAGAAUGGUCCUCAACUUACUGACCGGAGUCAGAUGGUCAGAGAGAGGCUUCACAGUCUCUCAGGAAGUGCCUCAUACCACAACUCUACCUGGGCACUGAGAAACAGAAGCACCCCAACAUUCCAAGCCGAGCUCAGCAGAGGGUAAGAGCUGUCGCCUUUCAAACAACAAAAGCACAUACACAUAUUAUCAGCUUUACAAAUUUUUUUUUUUUUAAAGGGAUAGUUCACCCAACAGUCUAUGGCAAUCAAUUAAAGAAUUGAAUCCCUGUAAUCUGUCUUUUUAUCUCCCAGAAUUCCCCAGGGGUCACGUCACAGAGAGAGUUCCUGCAGCUAUCAGUCACGUAGCCCCUGUAGCCCUUACCUGGAUGGCUUUCGCCGUGGCAGCGUCAGACCAGUACUUUACACAUAUCUAAACGAGUCCACUGUCAGUCUUAAUGAAAAGAAAGCCAAGGUAUGAUAUCAUAGUGAAUCAUGUGAAAUGUUGGGUUUACAUUUUUGUAGUUCUUAAUGUUUCCCUCUUUAUUUCUGCAGGAUAUGGGUCCUGAGUUCAUUAGAAAGUUAGACGGGCCUCUGGUUGUCUUGGAGCUGCCCGGAUCUAUUGUGGUAAUUAUGACUUUUCAUCAUCAAGAGCUCCAUCAUCAAAUGCCUUUUAAUAUCACCCCAACUGUCACUGGUCUGUCUUUAUAGUAAUCACUAUCUUUCUGUCUCUUAAUCCAGUCAAAGAAAGGGAAGUCUCCCUCCACUAUGAGGGAGCUGAGUGUGGUCAUGCCAAACGGACAGAGCAUCCUGGUCAAGUGUGACGUCAAGUCGGGAGGAGGGGAUGUCUUUGAUAUGAUCGUUGCCCACUCCAACCUGGUGGAACACUUCUACUUUGGCCUUGCUUACAUUGAUGGUAAUGCACAAAUAUUGUAUGUAGUUUACUGGAAAUAGUUCAAUGAGGUGUUUUGUUGGGUCAUGUAUGGCUGUACUAUAACUACAGUAAUGAAAAAGCUAAAGGUUGUCUUUACAUGGUUCAUGUGUUAAACAUGUCACUCUUCUUUUUAUCUCGGUUUUAGAUAAUGAGUUCUUCUUUCUGGACAAUGACACAAAGAUAUCCAAGGUUGCCCCCGACAGUUGGAAGAAAGUGCCUACCUCCACGUUUGUCCUUUUCUUCAGGGUGAAAUUCUUUGUCCACGACAUCUCUCUCCUUUUGUAAGUACCACACAUCCUCUCAUGCUUACAGUGUAUUGUAUUCAAGGUCGACCUAUGGAAUUCAUAGAGGUCAGGCAAUAUUGCAGAUUGUCCACUGCUUUCUCUAUGUAAGCAUAUUGUUGUGUGUGACUGGCGUUUUUGGCAGGCACAAACUGACUCGUCACCAGUACUACCUACAGCUGAGGAAAGAUAUACUGGAGGACAGGUUGGCCUGCCAUGAAGAGACAGGCCUAUAUCUGGGUGCCUUGGCUCUCCAAGCAGAGUAUGGAGACUGCAUGCCUGAGGUAUUGUAUAUAAUGGUAUCUUUGAUAUGCUGUAUACUCACCUGAUUGUCAAGGUCUAGGUGGGUUUUACUGCAUACUUAAAUAGAUAUGACCUUGUAAAUACUACGGAUGGGCAGAAUUGGGCACUGUUUAUCGAAUAUCCGGAUAUCUAAACGGAUGUUAGUAUUGAAUUACUUUGAAUGAGUUUUCAUUUUUGGAGGCAUUUUUUUUAGCCCUAUUUUAAUCCUUACAUCUAUUGACGCACCCGUGUGUCAAAAUAAUUAACAUAAUAAAAAAAUCCCCAUCAAAAUCUGUCAGUUUAAGCUAGAGAUAUCUGCAGCAUGGGCUGCGUCUCAAUCCACCACAUCCACCUAUGUCAGCCUUCAGCAUCUGCGGUGGAAGGUGCCAGGCUACAGGGCUGUUUGUCAGACCAGGACAUAUCCCGAAAAGCUGUCUUCUCAGGAAAACGUCUGUAGCGUCUGAAUGUUUCUCUCACGAACACAAUGGUGUUCUCAGUUUUGCUCUACGACCCGCACAAGUGUCACGGGACUCGUCUGAAGUCGGUACUGCCAAUGUGCCAACGUUUGUCUGUACUGUCCGAACCGUUUGGGCUACAAACUAAUAUGACCCCAUUAUGGAAAGGGAAGACUCUCACAAACACGAUGGUGUUCUCCGGUUUGCUCUAUGACCUCCUCAAGUAUCACGGAACUCAUCUGAAAGUAACCCAUACAAAUGAAUGGAAGUAUGGAGGUAGUUUUGUGCCAAUUUAAAAAAGGGGUUAAAUAUGUGCAGAAUGUUCGCUGUUUACCUCUGCCAUGUGUAUUUGCGUCAUUCUGAUUGGUCGAGAGUCAAUAACCAAAAAAAAAAUUUAUUAUUUAUAAAAAAUAUUGACUAUCAUACGAUGUCAUUAUAUUAUUUGAAUAGUAAAAUAAUUUCAAAUGCCCAUCCAUGGUAAAUAUUUUGUAAUAUUAGCUCUGGAAAUGUUAUAGUUGAGUGAUGACUGACUUAGUCUGAUAUUUUCCAAAGGUUUAUGGGAGGAACUACUAUCGCCCAGACCAGUACGUUGCCAAGAGCGUCAUGGAGAAAAGAGCCUUGCCUUACCUAAAGGAGGAAUUGCUAAGGUUACAUGCCAAUAACUCCACGAUGAGUACCGACGAGUCCGAGCUU